AUGUCGCAGCUGGAAUGCAACAUAGAGACCAUCAUCAAUAUCUUCCACCAGUAUUCGGUCCGGCUGGGGCACCCAGACACUCUGAACCAGAGAGAAUUCAAACAGCUGGUGAAAAAAGAGCUGGCAAAUUUCCUCAAGAAGCAGAAGAGGGAUGACAAAGCCAUCAAUCAUAUCCUGGAGGAUCUAGACACCAAUGGGGACAAGCAGCUGAACUUCGAGGAGUUCGUCAUUCUAGUGGGGCGGCUGACCCAUGCCUCCCAUGAGGAGAUGCACAAGAAUGCCCACGGAGAAGGCCACAGCCAUGGGCCUGGCCUUGGUGAGAGUGGCCAAGGCCACGGCCAUGGCCACGGCCACAGCCAUGGUGGCCAUGGCCAUGGCCACAGCCACUAA